GAUAUGGUCACACUGUCAUCGCCAUUAUUUCUCUGUACUUUUUUUGCGAUUGCUUUUUGCAUUUCGAAAUAAAGAAUUGAAUGAUUAAAAAUUAAUAAAUACCUAACAAUGAGCGAAUUAGUGUGGGGUAUCAAAAAUGGUGAUAUAGAUCAAGUAAAGGAUAUUAUCGAAAAUAAGAAAAUAGAUGUAAAUGCCCUCAUAGAUGGUAGAGUACCACUUCAUUAUGCUGCUGAUUAUGGACAAACAACUGUUCUGAAUUAUUUAUUGGACAAAGGUGCUGACCCAAAUAUGAUAGAUAAACAUGGCAUAUCUGUGCUUUUAGCUGCAAUUUGGGAGGGCCAUACUGACUGUGUGAAAACAUUACUUAAAAAUGGUGCAUCUAAAAGUGGAAAAACUCCAGAUGGUACCCCAUACAUUGAAGCGGCUGAAAAAGAUGAAAUCAAGGAACUAUUAACAUAGAAUACAUUUUCGAACUAUAAAAUUUACUACAAUAUCUAAUUUAAUUAUUCACAUUAAUAUAUUGUGAAAGCUGAGCAAGAUAUUAAGCAUAAAAUAUUUUUAAAUGCAUUUAUUUACAUUUUAUUGGAUUAUUUUUAUAUGCUCAACAUAUGGAGUUGUAGAUACAUAUGUGUUUUGAUUAUGCGUCCAGUUAGGAUUAGUUUCUAUAUUCAAGGCCUAUUUAUAUCAGUUUAGGGAAACUUGCGUGGUUCUAUUGUCAUCAUAAAUAUUUUACAUGACAAUGGCAUAUAACAGUUGUGAGGUUUCCAAAGGGCCUUAUACUCUAAAUUAAGCUAAUUAAUAAUUUAUGUUAAGAUGUAUCUUCAAAGAGAUAAGAUGUAAUUUUUGCUA